UUCAAGGCAAGACUUGUAGCGCGGGGGGACAUGCAGAGGGCUUCGAUUGAUUUUGGAGAAUUGUUUGCACCCACCGUAUCAGUGUCCAGUGUGCGCUUGUUGGCAGCAUUAGCAUGCGAGCAGAAUCUUGACUUGUGCCAUUUCGAUAUUCAGCAGGCUUUUGUGCAGUCUGAGCUUGAUGAGGAUGUUUUUAUGCGCUUACCGGAGGGGUGUGGUAGGCUAUCUGGCCUGAUCGUGAAGCUGUGCAAGAGUCUGUAUGGCUUGAAGCAGGCAUCACGACAUUGGCAUGCGCACCUGACGAGGUGUUUGCUACUUUUAGGUUUUUUGCAGUGUCUGGCGGAUGCAUGUGUUUUUCGAUUGAUGGAGGAGGGACAUGUGGCCAUGAUCAUCGUGGUCCACGUCGAUGAAAUUUGUGCUGUAGGGCAGAAGGAGUGGUGUGACAAGUUUGGCAGGGAUCUCAACGAGAUGGUCCCCGUGAAGAACCUUGGAGAGUUGAGGUGGUACUCCGCGUGCUUUUACGAGAGAGACGUAGAGAGAGGGCUGAUGGCAAUUGCCGACGUCUUGAAGGAAGUGUUGUUCUUGAGGCAGGUGUGGCGUUUUAUUUUGCCAGAUGCGAGUAUGCCGUGCAUCCCGGAGUUCGAGGAUUAUCAGGGAGCGAUUUCCGAUUGCGCACAACCCGAUCACGAACUCCAACUCGAAGCAUCGAUGUACGGCAUCACUUUAUCAGGGAGCUGGUAGAGAGGAAAGAGAUUUCAAUUACUCAUGUGCCGACGCAAGUUCAGCAUGCAGAUUUCUUGACCCAGGCUAUUAGGAAGGAGUCUUUUGCGUUGCACCGUGACUUUGUGAUGAACUUGCAGUGAAGGAAGUGUUUUGGGGUCGAUUCGUAUUCUGUAGCGGAGGGAUGAAGAGAGAGACGAGAUUGGACAAGAGAAAGAGAGAGUCUGAUGAAGGUGGGCUAUUAGAUAUAUUGGGGGUACUCGUGGCAAAGUAUGACGGGGGCUUUGUCCCCCAAGUGGUGAGAGUAGCCGCUGCUCACAACCAAGAUUAUAGUAGUGCCAUGGGAGAUGGUGGUGCUGCUGUUGGCUUUGGAUACGGAGCCACAACCCCACGACGGGGUACCAAAGUGUGCGGUACACUUCCCCGUUCAGCGGGAAAUCGAAAGAUUUCAACGAUUGGCUAGAUGAUUUCCGCAUGGCAGACAAUGGCGCAAACCUGUUGGAACAAUUUGACGAGAGCGGGAGCUAGGAGAUCCCCGUCAACAGCCGAAAGAGCAAGUUUUUGCUGUCACAGCAGUACCGGAACGAGCAAGUAGAGCUCGCAUUCCACGCGUGGAACUUCCCGUCUCAUACGUUAAAAGAAAAAGAUCGGAAAAUCAUGAAGAGGGCAGAGACGCCCCAGGGAGCGCUUCGUGAGCUCAAGACCUGAAUCAUCUGUACAGCCGUCAGAGGACCUCAAGUCCCUGACGUCGACUAAGAUCUCUAGAGGUGAAAACCCCCAAAACGUCCUCAAUGAGAUGCUCCAAACGCAAAGUCCUUAACCGAGAAAGGACUAACUGUCAACGAAACGUUCGUCCUUCACCUCUUCCUGGAUGCCCUUUCGGACGAGUAUGCCAUGACAAAGCACAACCUGCGAC